AUGUUUCCUAAUCAACCAUCAGCUCAAUCAGAAAGUAAUGUUCUUAUAAAAAAUAUUGAUAAAGUUUUAACUGAUGAUGGAGAUAUUGUACAUUGUGAACCUGCUGUUUUAUUUGAUGAUGAUGAUGAAGUUGACGAAUUUAUGUUAUUGGAUAAAAUGUUAAAUCAAUGUCUCACUUUAUAUAAAACAAAAUUUGCUAAAGAUGUACUUUCUUAUUAUUAUAACAAUAAGGAACCUAUUAAAUCUUGGAUAAAUGAGAUAAUGUUUAGAGAAGAGAUUCCAAAUAUCAAAGUAUGGAAAGUAUUAUUUUUACAAAGUAAACAUUCAUUAACAUUUCAAUAUUUACCAUUUUUGUCUUCAAUGUAUCAUUUGAUAUUUCGAUUAUGUACUGUCGAAUUCCAUUCUGAACAUAAAUAUUUAUUUGUUUCUACCAAAGAAGUGCUAGAUUUUUCCAGUAAGGACACCAAAAUUUCUGUUUAUGUUCUAACAGAAAGAAGCUGUGAUUCAACAAGAGCAAAACCAGUGAAAGGAAUAUUUGUUACAGGUAAUGAUACUUUAGUUUAUCUUCAUAAGCAUUUACAAUCUACUGAUGAUACAAAAGCCAAGGUUGAUUUAUUGAAUAAAAUUGCAUAUUAUUAUCAAUGCCAAGCUGAAAAAAUAAAUAUAACUCAUCAUUUAGAAUCAUUACAACAAUGGAAUCGCGCAAUGAAAUUUUACAAAGAUUCAUUAACACUCAAUCGUAAACAUCUUCAUGCAAUGUUAGGAUAUGCUAAAUGUUUAAUAAUGCUAAACAAAUAUACUUUAGCUAAGGAAUUCUUAGUAGAAAAUGUUGAUGACAAAGAAUAUUUUCGUGAUUCAGCAGAAAGAUGGCUUUUAUUAGGAGUUUUGAGACGUAAAUUACGAAAUUAUGAUGAAGCUGAAGUUGCAAUUAAAACUGCACUUAAAUUGCAAAAUAAUUAUGUUGAAGCAAAAAAUGAGUUAGACUUUAUAUUUCGAUUGAAAAAAGAAAUCGGUAAAACACGAAUUGAAAGUUACAAACGGUUGGCAUUACAGCAUGGUGAACCGAAGUUUGAUCAAUACAAUAUUCUUUCUAUUGAUGGUGGUGGGAUAAGAGGAUUAAUACCAGCUGUAUGGAUGAGUGAAUUGGAACGUAGAACUGGUUUAAGUAGUAGUUCAAUGUUUCAUAUGAUGGCUGGAACAUCAACAGGAGCAAUUGUAACUGCGUGUCUUUCCUUACCUGAUACAUCUAUAAGUAUCAAACAACCUCGUUAUGGAGCUGUUGAUAUCGUUGAAUUGUAUACAUUACACUCUGAUAAAGUCUUUACUCAAACAUCAAGAUGGGAAAAUUUUUUUGGAAUUUGGCCUAAAUAUCAUGAAGCAAAUAAAAAAGAUUUGUUUGAACAAUAUUUUAAGGAUACACGUUUAUCACACGCACUAACGGAACUUAUUAUAACGACGGUUAAUUCCGGUAGUAGUGCGACAGAAUUAUUUCGACGAAGUGAUGGCUUGAAGGAUCCUAGUCGGAAUCACAAAUUUAGUGAUAUUCUCAUGUGUACAACAGCUGCACCAACCUAUUUUCCAGCUUAUAAAUUAAGUAAUUCUGUUUUUGUCGAUGGUGGAGUUCAAGCUAACAAUCCAGCAAUGAUCGCUUAUGCUGACGCGUGUACUAAAAAUAUCAAUCGUGAUAAUAUUUUUAUUCUCUCUCUCGGUACUGGAGAUUAUGUACCCGAUCCAUUGAAUCCAAAUGCACAGCGAAGUCUUUUAUUUUGGGGAAAUAAUUCGACUAGUGUAUUAAAAGUCAUUUUUGAUGGUCCACAGAACAAUAUUGAUUAUCAAUUGAGUAGUAUAUUAAACACUGAUAUGUAUCAUCGAUGGCAAAUUUGGCUUGAAAAUCCAAUUGUACUGGAUGAUAUACGAAAAGAAACAUUAGAUUAUUUAAUAGAACUUGCUCAUAGUUAUUUUGAAGAAAUGGACGCUUUUGAUAAUAAUCAUCGAUUAGGUAAAAUUAUCGAACGAUUAAAAAGAGAUUAA